AUGGCCCAAUUUGAAGAAUUGACAGAUACGAUCAGAGGUGAUGAUCUUAAGAUUGUCGUCAAGUUACCAGAUGACGCCAUUGUUCUCACUACCAGAGCUGACUUAUUUGGUUCCUCAUUCGCUUCAAGCAGCUCAUCGACUGGAAACAUCAAUGGAGAAACUUUCGACAAUCGUUCAGGACCGCAAACUUUCCAAGAUACCUAG